CACCCUCAGUCUACCCAAGCCACGUGCCUUGAUCAAGACUUUUCGCACAGUCCAGUAAUACAAGUUUGUGGUCUCCUGCCUGCUGAGUGAGCAACAUGGCGCUUGUCAUGCUACUGUUGGUCUCCGCCACCAUCUGUCUUACACAGAUUUCACCGAGCACAUCGCAGUCGGUGUGCGAUAACUCCCCUCUCUUUCCGAGCGUCGGGCAGGUGAACUACCUGACAUCUCCUAACUUUCCGAGAUCCUACGAGAACAACGUCAACUGUGGGCGGCUGAUCAACGCCCCCAGUGGCUACGUGGUGAAGGUGACUGUCCUGAACACCUUUAUGGAGCUAGGAUGUGACUACGUCCAGCUGUUUGACGGUCCGUCGCAGGCAAGUCCUAGUCUAGCCAGGUUUUCAAUCAUGCCCUCAUCUACAGUCUACUUCUCUUCUGGGCAGAGCAUGUACAUCAAGUUUUUCACCGACAGUUCUGUCGUAUCUUCGGGUUUCAGACUGAGUUAUGAAGUCAUUCCUACUCCAACAUCCGUUUGCUCUUACAACGCUCCAACUCUCGUAGCCACUCCUGGGUAUGACAACUUAUUGACAUCUCCUAACUACCCGUCUCAAUACGGCAACAGGCUCAACUGUCGGUGGAUAAUUGAAGCUCCUCGUGGUUAUGUUGUCCAGGUCACUAUCUUGAAUCUGAACUUGGAGUUAUGCUGUGACUACGUCGACCUUCUUAACGGUGCAUUUCAUCCCAACACCCUACUGCGCAGGUUCUCUUCCAUGCCUUCAGUGACAACCUACUUCAGCUCGGGACAGCGCAUGAAUAUCUGGUUUUUGACAGAUGGGUCUGUAACAAAUACUGGCUUCAGGCUCCAGUAUCGGGCUGUUCCCCCAUCUGCUCGCCAUGGAUAACGACAUGGCGUCAACUGUGAUCUGAUUGGUUGAUAACUCACGUGACAUUGCGACAUCUCCAUUAGUUUGCUACGGACGCAUUCUUUUGGCUUUCAACUUUUGUCUGAGCUUUGAAAUAAAGUUUUUAGUG